CAUGGGUGUCUUCACUCAGUUCACAAGAGGAAAAGACUCGCCCCGGCGAAAAGGUCUCUGGUGUACUACCUGAAAGGUAGAGAGGUCAGGAUGCAGAAUGAGUCCAGCUAUCACCACUUGUUGCACGGAUACGCAGCCCAGCAGCUUCCCAGACUCCUGAAGGAGAGAGAAUUUCACCUUGGGACCCUUAAUAAAGUGUUUGCCUCCCAGUGGCUGAACCACCGACAAGUGGUGUGUGGGACAAAGUGCAACACCUUAUUUGUAGUCGAUGUCCAGACUGGACAAAUUACCAAGAUUCCUAUUCUGAAAGAUCGGGACCCUGGCAUUGUGAACCAGCAGGGAUGUGGUAUUCAUGCCAUUGAGCUCAACCCCUCAAGGACCCUUCUGGCCACAGGUGGAGACAACCCCAACAGUCUUGCAGUUUAUCGUCUGCCUACGCUCGAUCCUGUCUGUGUGGGAGAUGAUGGACAUAAGGACUGGAUAUUUUCAAUUGCAUGGAUCAGUGAUACUAUGGCUGUUUCUGGUUCACGGGAUGGUUCGAUGGGUCUCUGGGAAGUUACAGAGGAUGUGUUGUCCAAGAGCGAUGCCAGGCAUAACCUCUCUCAAGUUCCUGUCUAUGCCCACAUAACACACCGGGCCCUGAAGGAUAUCCCCAAGGAGAACACCAAUCCUGACAACUGCAAAGUCCGAGCAUUGGCUUUCAACAAUAAGAACAAGGAGCUGGGAGCUGUGUCCCUAGAUGGAUAUUUUCAUCUUUGGAAAGCAGAACACACAAUAUCAAAGUUACUUUCCACAAAGUUGCCAUACUGCAGGGAGAACGUGUGUUUGGCUUAUGGUCAGGAGUGGUCGGUGUAUGCAGUAGGAUCACAGGCACACGUCUCCUUUCUGGAUCCCAGACAGCCUUCUCACAAUGUGAAAUCCGUCUGUUCCAAAGAACGAGGCAGUGGUAUUCGAUCGGUGAGCUUCUACGAGCACAUCAUCACAGUGGGAACGGGGCAGGGUUCCUUGUUGUUUUACGACAUCAGAGCUCAGAGGUUCCUGGAUGAAAAGCCCCCACAUGCCUGCUAUGGACAGAAGCAGAAAUUAGGAGGAAGUGAAAUUUUGAAGUUGACUACUGGGGAAGGCUGGCUGAAUCGUGAUGAAACCUGGAGGAAUUAUUUUUCUGACGUAAAUUUCUUCCCAAAUGCUGUUUACACCCACUGCUACGACUCGUCUGGAACGAAACUCUUUGUGGCAGGAGGCCCCCUUCCCUCAGGACUUCAUGGGAAUUACGCUGGUCUCUGGAGCUAAUGACAACUCUUUAUAAAUGCUGGUCUUGACAAAAUUUCCACUUUUCUUUUCCUUUUUUUUUUUUUGACAACAAAAUUGUGUGAUGCUAUUGAUUUCUGGUUUAAAUGCAAGUUAUUUUUUGGCAGAGUUUUCUGUUGGUCUCCAAAAGUUUGAUACAUCUUUUUGAACCAUUUUUUUGCUUUAAUCUCCUUGAUCCUUUGUAUGAAGGGUUUUUGCAAUCUCUUUAUUGUAUUUACUCCAAAUGACUCUUCCCCCACAUUUAGGCUACCUUGGCCAUGUGCCCCCUCCCCUACUUUGCUGUGAGGUAGGAUUCCUUUCUUACAGAGUGAUUGCUCCUGGGCUUUCUGUGAAAGUCUAGGGGCUGCAUGUGUGCAGGUACUUUGUGUCAGUUACAUAACCCAGAGCGAGGACUACUUGUAA